UUGGAAGAUGUUGGAAGGGAAAGCAGUAAUUGGAGACACAGAUAUGUUGGGAACCAUGCAACAAGAUGCAUUAGAUUUAGCUGCAAAGGCACUUGACUUCUUUGAUGUCACUGAGGCCACUGAAAUUGCACGUUUUCUUAAAAAGGAAUUUGAUACGAUGUAUGGACCAGGGUGGCAAUGCAUAGUAGGGACAGAUUUUGGUUCAUUUGUAACACAUUGCUAUGGUUGUUUCAUCCAUUUCUACAUUGGCAGCCUUGCUAUUUUGCUCUUCAAAGGCUCUGCUGCCCUAGAGGACCCAAAAGCCAAGGCCGAGGCCGAAGCUGACCGGUUUUCUGCUCUGCAGGAAAUAGUGUGAAGUCACUUCUUCAUUAAUUUUACCGUUCUCAACCAAGACAUAUAUAUAUAUAUACACUCCAAUGUACAAUAUUAGGAAGUUUUAAAGUUUUAAUUUCACAUUUAUAUUUUCACAUCUAUAAGUUAUAUAUGUCAAUUCGAUCUCUUUCCUU